GCCCGGCUGCCCAUUGGGCGCGGGGCGAGGCGGUGCCUGACACGGAGUGGAGCCCGUAUCCGGUCGUUGUCGGCCCCGGAACCUACGUGCCCCUUACGUGGGAUGUGAUUGGCUGAGCGGAGCGCGAGGGAGCCUAUGAGGACGGCUGGGGGGCGGGCACUGCGCGGGGGCGUGGUCGCGAGCGGAAGCCGCGCGGCACCGUGGCCGGGAUGGGGACGGCGGCAGGGCCUGGAAACUUGGCAGGCGUCCGGCACAUCCUCCUCGUGCUCUCGGGGAAGGGGGGCGUGGGGAAGAGCACCAUCUCCGCGGAGCUGGCCUUGGCCCUGCGCCAUGCCGGCAAGAAGGUGGGGAUCCUCGACGUGGACCUGUGCGGCCCCAGCAUCCCCCGCAUGCUGCGGGCACAGGGCAGGGCUGUGCACCAGUGUGAUGGCGGCUGGGUACCCGUCUUUGUGGACCAGGAGCAGAGCAUCUCCCUCAUGUCCGUGGGCUUCCUGCUGGAGAACCCCGACGAGGCCGUGGUGUGGAGGGGCCCCAAGAAGAACGCACUCAUAAAGCAGUUUGUGUCUGACGUGGCCUGGGGGCAGCUGGACUACCUGGUCGUGGACACGCCACCGGGAACCUCUGACGAGCACAUGGCCACCGUGGACGCCCUGCGUCCCUACAGUCCCCUGGGGGCCCUCGUGGUCACUACGCCCCAGGCGGUGUCCGUGGGGGACGUGAGGCGGGAGCUGACUUUCUGUCGGAAGACAGGGCUGCAGGUGCUCGGGGUCGUGGAGAACAUGAGUGGCUUCGUCUGCCCACACUGCGCAGAGUGCACCAACGUCUUCUCUCAAGGAGGCGGGGAGGAGCUGGCCAUGCUCGCCGGAGUCCCGUUCCUGGGCUCCGUGCCUCUGGACCCUGAGCUCUGCGGGAGUCUGGAGGAAGGGCGAGACUUCAUCAGGGACUUCCCCAAGAGUUCUGCCUUCCCCGCGCUUUUCUCCAUAGCCCAGAAGGUUGUGAGCCAGGCACCCGCUCGGCUCUCCUAACCAAGGCAGCCCCACCGCCGUGUCUCCCUGCAUCUGGGGGCGGUGGGUGGCUCUACCUGGGGGGGUGGCCUGAGCCCUCAGAGAACAGCAUGCCCCAGGGCAUGGCCGGCUGCCUCCGGGGCCCCAUGGGUCACAGGGUCCAGGAGACCCCAGGCAUCUGCUGCCCGCAAUGCUGGUGACUGAGCUGGGGGGCAGCCUGUGAGGUGUUGGGCCGGUUGGCCUCAGAGGAGCCCACAAUUAAACGUGUUCCACCGGC